AUCUAUUGAACUUUUGAUUGGUAACGGAAGGGGCAAAACACCGCACACGCGCGCAGGAAAUAUGUCGAAUACAUGAUAACCAUUCGCGUUGGAAGAGGUGAGAUGAGAUGAGAAGGUUGGCUCCGCCGAUUGGGCGCAGCCGUGCGAUCCCCGCCGCUCGUUCUCGUGCUGGCGCUGACCCUCCCCUCGAAGUCCGCCGGCGGAAUCAGGCCCUAUCCCAGCUGAUACGAAGCGGCCGCCUCCGCGAAGCGCGCCGGUUCUUUGACGCCCUCCUCGACCGCCGCAGUGUCGUCUCCUGGAACUGCAUGAUCGGUGGCUACGUUCGCCACCGCGAGCUUGUCGAGGCCCGGAAGUUGUUUGACGAAAUGCCACAGAGGGACGUUGUCUCCUGGAACUCCAUACUCGCGGGCUACGCACUGUCGAGGGACCCUGGAGAGCUCGAGGAGGCCUGCCGCCUCUUCGAACGCAUGCCGACCAGAGAUAUUAUCUCGUGGAACACCAUGAUCACUGGCUACGCACGGAAUGGCAGGAUGGAGGAAGCCAUGCAACUCUUUGGCAGAAUGCCCGAUGCGAACGUCGUGUCCUGGAACACCGUGAUGACCGGAUAUCUUGGUGUUGGUGAUGUUCAAAGGGCUGUCGAGCUGUUCGACAGGAUGCCUAUCCAUGAUGCUGCUUCCUUGAACGCACUGGUGUCAGGCCUCAUCCACAAUAACAGGCUGGAAGAGGUGGAAGAAUUUCUGCUUGGAAAAAGACGAAAAGCCAAGGUGAUUGAUGGGGCUAUUGAUGCGUACAACACCUUGAUCGCUGGUUAUGCCCAGCAGGGAAAGGUCGAGGAAGCAAAGAGAUUGUUCGACUUGAUUCCUCAUGGUCCGAAUCAAGAUGCAGAGAUAGAUGCAAAGAAAAUGCAUCGUAAAGUGAGAAGCUUCGAACGGAAUGUUGUAUCAUGGAAUUCUAUGAUCAUGUGCUACGUCAAGGCUGGUGAUAUUCUCGCAGCCAGGGCACUCUUCAAUGAGAUGCCUGAGAAAGACUUGGUAACAUGGAAUACCAUGAUUGCCGCCUAUACACAAGCCUCAGCAAUGGACGAGGCUGAAGCUCUUUUCCAGGAAAUGCCCAAUAGUGACUCAUGGACAUGCAACUCAAUGAUAUGUGGAUUCACUCAGAAAGGCCAGGUGGAACGAGCAAGGAGAAUCUUCGACGAAAUGCCCCAAAAGAGCAUCGUCUCUUGGAACGCAAUGAUCGCUGGAUAUGAGCAGAAUGGAGACUAUGAUGGAGCAAUUGACUUGUUUGCUAACAUGCUAGUUGCCGGUGAGAGACCGGACCGGCAUACUCUGUCUUCGGUGCUCAGUGCUUGUGCUGGUCAUGCAAAGCUUCUUCUAGGGACUAAAGUGCAUCAACUGAUCACCAAGACGAUCAUACCAGACAUUCCAAUAAACAAUGCCCUCGUCACUAUGUAUUCUCGCUGCGGCAAGUUGAUGGAUGCCAAAGCCAUCUUCGAUGGCAUGGGAAGUCAAAGGAACGUUGUCACUUGGAAUGCAAUGAUUGGUGGAUAUGCACAGCAUGGGCAGGCCAGAGGAGCUCUUGAGCUCUUUGAAGAAAUGAAACGGAGGUGUAUUAGGCCAACUUACAUAACCUUUAUCGCCAUCCUCAAUGCAUGUGGCCAUGCCGGGCUAGUGGCUGAAGGUAGGAGAGAAUUUGAUUCCAUGGUUAAUGAAUUCAGAAUUGCACCUAAAGUUGAGCAUUAUGCUUCCCUAGUAGACCUUAUAGGCCGGCAUGGGCAUCUCAAGGAUGCAAGGGAGGUGAUAAGCAACAUGACAGUUAAACCCGAUAAAGCCGUAUGGGGAGCAUUGCUAGGUGCUUGUAGAGUUCACAACGAUGUGGCAUUGGCUCAGGUUGCUGCAGAGGCCUUGGUGGAGAUUGAACCUGAAAGCUCUGCUCCAUAUGUAUUGUUGCAUAACAUGCAUGUAGAUGAAGGGAAAUGGGAUAAUGCCACUGAGAUAAGGAAAAACAUGGAUAAGAACAGGGUUGUGAAGCAGCCUGGUUACAGUUGGAUUGAGAUGCACAACAAAGUUCAUAUAUUUGUUUCAGGGGACACAUCACAUCCCUCUUCACAUGAGAUUUUUUCACUGAUAGAGAGUUGCAAUAGGCACAUAAGAGACUCACAACUUGAUUGAAUUGUAGAAUGGUGUUAUGUAAAUUAUGGCACCAAAGUUUUGCAUUCACUAGGAAUUUUGAGUCCAUGUUGGUUAUUUUCAAGUUAGCUCAUCAAAAUUAGUACAAGAUGCAUCCCCAACAAUCAAUCCAUUUCGAGCCAAGUUGCCUCUUCAGUGCAACUCUCGCUAGGUACAUAUUUCAGGUCUCUAAUUGCUCUUUUCAUCAGUAGCUUAAGAAGAACAGGGCAAUUGAAGGUGAGAAACUGAUAAACCUUCCUUUGGUUUGGAUAGAUGAGGAGAUUUAUUUACUGGGUUAGUCAUUAGUUAUCUAAAUACAUAGAUGAUUUUAACCAAUUAAAUAGUUUGGUUCAAGGUGGCAUUUCAUCCUUUUAGAUUGGGAAAAGCAUUUUUAUGAUUUUUUAAAGAAGGAUUUGAUCUUAGUAUUUCCAAAAGAAGGAAUUUUGUUCUUCUGGAACUUAGCCAAGCAUGAGGAACACAGAUUUAUGUAAAACAUCAACGGAAUACCAAAAUGGAGCUUUUAGCAACAUACAUCUAGUUUCUGAGGAAAACUUUUAACUGCAUCAAACUGUAGAGUCUCUCAAAACACUUUUGCUUUUGGUGACCUUAUAAGUUGCUUAUGGAUUCGCGUACAUAGACUGCAUCACACCUUCAGCAGAUCCCAAAACCCAACAUCUUUGACUGAAUUGCAUCUACGAUGAAAUUACUCCUAUGGCAGCUUUGAUGUUCCCCUUCUAUGAAUUGAAGCGGGGAUCAUUCUACCCCUUUCAUCUGUCCUCAAGUCUUGCCUUCGAAUCUCUAGAUCUUCUGGAGAAGUGCAUGGAAGGAUCUUGCAAGAUAGGUAUUCAGAGGAAGUGAGAAUUCUUACGUGUAUAUAAAGAAGAAAAAUAAUAAGAAAGCUUGAGCGAGACAAUGUAGCAUGGAAUGUUGUGCUAUCCUGCUGCACGAAUAAACAUCAUACCUCUCAUGCUCAGAAUUGGUCUAUAUGUUUGAUGAGUACAAGGCAAGUAUGGCUUAUGGAUUGCAUGAGUUCUGCUGAAAAUGUUCAUUUAUAUUCUAAGCUUCAC